AUAACCGCGGUUUUUCAGGGUUCGGCGCUUCUGCUUCAGACGCAUCACGUCGUCCUUGGUCAGACCCCUCAAGUGCCGAUUGAGCUCCCUCACUGACAUAGACACCAGCUGGUCGUCGGAGAAGCCGCUCUCCACGUUGAGUCGUCUGUCGUGGCGAUUCUGCUGAUGGAGGUGGUGCGCACUUAGCUGCGAGUCGGGUGAGUGCUGAGCCGAGUAGUCGAGGUCGUGCUUGUUGUGGUUAUAUUGAUUUUGGCAGUGCAUAUCUUGCAUAUCAGGGGGACCCGAGAGGGCGUCGGGUUGACGGUUAAGUCCAGGGUACUGCUGGGCAUGACCGUUGAGGUUAUGUGCCGCCCCGUACCCUUCGAAAUCCGAUUGGAGAGCCUGUUGGUGAUCGUGUGGAGAGGGUUGGUGCCCGUGGACUGUGGUACCGAUGAGGGCCUCCACAGCGUCCUCAGGUGUCAGGCCAAAAGUGUUGGGAUACAUUUGCUGAGAAUAACCUCCACUGCUGGGCGUCCAGUAAAGAUCAUCAUCAGGGUUCCUUUGCUCACCCGGAUUAUAACUCGGUGAUGAGGGCACCGAACUGCAAGGGGUGCUGACCGGGGUGGAGGAGACUGAGUCCGGUCUCUGGAGCUCGCUGCACGGCCCAAAGAAUGAGCGGUCGAUCCCCUGCAUUGUCUCCUUCUUCACAUCGAACUUCAUCAAGUCGAACGCACUGACAUAACCCAAAGGGUUUUUCGGCAGACCCAGGUUUGUAUGCGAUUCGGCGGUCAUUCUUUUCUGGAUCUAUUUAUCUUGGCCACAUCCAAGGGUCACAAAACUCAAUUCUCUCAUGCAGUCUUUUGCAACAAUUGCACUAUUGGUAAGACGUUUUAUACAAUCAGUAAGUCCGUCAAAUGAAAUCUACAGUGAAAAUACGCGUGCGCAAAAAUGGAAAGAAACCAGUCCUCUUCACUCAAAAGUUUAGAAACGCAUACUAUUAAUCGGACAGAAGAAAAGUGCUCAGAGUCCACGGCGGGGCCAAGAGCUCUCUGCAUGUGUGUAGCGCUACUGGUUUCUGCUUGCGAGCGCACUUUCUUCAUAAAGAACCGUUGCAUGAUGUCACACGAUAUAGACUACACCUCCAUGCUCCUCUCCAAUAAAAAGACGACGAGAAGGGCAAUUUGCAUAAUAGCUGAUGUAUGUGUUUUGACAAUCCAGCAGAGGUUGAAUGUAGAAUGUAGCCCACAUUUUUUUUUACAUAGACCUGCAGACAUAUUGUACACGUUUUCUAGGCUACUGUGGCCUACUUCUUUAUUUAAUUUGUGCAUACGUUUCUCUUUCCUUCACACUUUCCCUCGCCAAUUGAUGUAUUAAAAGUGUUUAUUUUGAAAGACAAUUUAGGAACUGAUGCUGGAAUGCAAAGCAUCUCAGGAUUAAAUAGCCUAUGUUAAUUCUGUAGGCUAUAUGUCCAGGGAUAUAUAUAUAUUGUAGUCAAUAGGGUUAGUAAAUAAACAUUUUGUCGUCCUAAAUUACCAUAUGACUUUCCAUAUGAAUAACAUAAAAGCGUCACGGUUAUAUUUGGACAACGGUGCUUAUAUUUAAGUGCAAGUUCAUUCUGCAAAAAGACAAUUAAGAAUUCUAAUAGAGCUGUUGUGCUUUUUGAAUAAUGCACCACCACCCAGAAAAACAAAUAGCCUAUCCUAUCUCUAAUCCAUGAGUAGCCCAUUGAAAAUAAGUGUUUAUAUUCCACUUGCAUGUGUUAUUAUUUGAUUUCUCCUUACAUUAUAUGAAAAGCACAAAGGCUUGAUCAUAGAGCUAUAGGUUAAUUCUAAAUAACUGUAUUUCUAUGGCGUUUCUCCUGAGAAUGGGCAACCAAAUGUUCUAUUCAUGGAUCUAUGCUGACCCCUUGAGGUGAUAUGAGGUAAAACUUCAUUCUUGCCCCUCAGUGUGUACUGAACUGUGAAUGAAAACUAGUUGUCUGAUAGCUACCCCACUCUUUUUAAAUUAAAACAAAAUGUGAAUGUUGGCUUUUUUAUAGUGACCUUGCCAAAAUAAUGUAAAGAGCAUGCACAGUAGCCUAUACCAAGUAAGUAUGAUAAUGGUGUCUUGUGAUUUUCUCAGCACAUCACAUAUUGUACUUUCUUGUAGCCUUCUCUCCCUCGGUUUGUGUGUGUGUGUGUUUAUACAUAACAUCUAUCCAACAUGGUCAGAGGGUGCUGCUGGGCACUGGUUAUUUGGUAAACAUACAGGCUUCUAAUGAAAUGAGUAGUUUUUUUCAGACCAGUGACAGUAAAGGAACAUGGAGAAAAUGGGAAGCAGCAUAAACAGAAAAUCAAUGGCCAGACUGCACAAGGCUAAAGUUAUGAUUGCUGGAGAACAACUGAGGUUGAGGCUGCAUGAUGGCAAACUGAUCAAGGAUCGACGGUACCAUCUGCGCACUUACCCCAACUGCUUUGUAGCCAAAGAGCUUACAGACUGGUUGAUCAGCAACAAGGAAGCUCCCGAUCAGGCCGCAGCGGUCUGCCUCAUGCAACACCUGAUGGACCAUGACAUUGUGCACCAUGUUUGUGACAAGCACCCUAUAUUCAAGGAUGCAAAAUUGCUGUACCGUUUCCGUAAGGAUGAUGGCACAUUUCCAUUUAACACCGAGGUGAAGGUCUUCAUCCGAGGACAACGAUUGUAUGAGCAUCUAAUAACAGGCAGAGACUCCAUUCUGCAACUAAGGGAGGAGCAGGGUGUUGCAUACCAGCGCUCCAUCCCUGGCUGCCAAUUGAUGGACUGGUUGUUACAGAAUGGAGAGACGGAGAGUAGGCGCCAGGGUUUGGAGUUCUGCCGUGCUUUGCUAGAGCAUGGCAUCAUUCAGCAUGUGUCAAAGAAGUACGACUUCUUUGACAGUAGAUUACUGUAUCAGUUCUGCAUCAAUUUUCGCCGCCGGCGCCACCUGUCUGAGCUCUUGAAUGAAACUGAUCGAGACAAAAAGGAAGGUGCAUCAGUGCAUGCACUGGAGGACAACCAUGCCGACAGCCCCUUUGUCCUGCCCAAGAUCCCCCCACAAGAGGAAAGCAGUGGUUUUCAAUCUGCAAUGCAGCCCAAUAAACCAUUGAAGAUGAUACCCAAUGUGCAUCAGGCCAAUUUGAACUCUCUGCAGCUACAUGCUAGUGGAUAUUUACCCCCUGCCACACUCUCCUCUGCCCCAGUGGUGAGAUGCAAUCCAAAAUCAGUGCUUAAGAGGAAUGUAACAUGUGAGGAGCUACUGUCCCCUGGUGCACCCUUCAUCAAGAGAGUGUUGACGGUGAUGGGAGAUGCAGUGGGCUGGGGCUUUGUGAUCAGAGGUGUGGCUCCAGUUUACGUGCAGGCAGUCGAUCCUGGAAGCCCUGCUGCUGCUGCAGGGGUUAAGGUGCGUCAGUUUGUGUGCCAGGUGAAUGGGCGGAGCGUUCUUCACCUGGAUUACCGCCAGGUCACCAGGUUGGUGAUGACCGGACCUCACACUGUUGUGUUGGAGGUCAUGGAACCACUGGGGUGACUUGGAGUCCCUUCAAAAUCUUCCAAAAUCAGCCUCCAAAAUCUCCUGAACUAACUCCCCUAUUGUGUGCUGUGUGCCAAAUGGGAAAGUUGUGGUAUCUUUGGCUGCAUUUAGACAGGCAGCCCAAUGAUGAUCUUAUCUACUAAUUGGUCUUUUGACCAGUAAAAUCAGAUCUUUUCACAUCAGAGUUUUUCCAGUGCAGAUCUGAUUUGUCAACUGAUCAAUUACUUAAAAAGAUUAGAAUUAGGAUGCCUGUCUGAACCCAACCCUUGUAGCCUACAAAAAUAUCUGUAAACUACUUCCAAUUUCUUAGGAGUCUUGAAAUAAAAAUUAUCCCAGUGCA